GCGUGUGUGUACUGUGUAUUUUUAGUCUUCAUUUAACUUUUACUGAUUAGUAAUCACCAGUCGCUCUUAAUACGUCAGUAAUUCAGUUUUGAAAAGAAGUGCAAAUGAACAGAGGCCAUGUGUCCAAUACAGCCAUUAAUGGCCAGAAACGGAAGCGAACCCGUUUGGAAACCCCGCCUGAAACAUCAGUGACCAUGGGUUUUAUGGAUAAGAUCGCCGCAAUGGAAGACCAGUUUGUGAAUAGGCUGAAGAAUGUUCAGAAGCAAGUCAUGGAAUCGAAGAAAAGCCAAGGACUCCUCAUAACCUGUUGCGCCAUGUAUACCUUUGAGAAAGACAUCAAAGAUAUCCAGAGCCUCCAGAUGAAUAAUUACGGCUCGGGGAAAUUGGAGCAGGUGCGGAUGGUGGUCACGGGAGAGGAGAUGCUGCCUGUGCCUGCGUGGAUAGAAAGUAGAGUGGCUCUUCAAGCAUACUUUGAGCGGAAACUGGACUCUACCCGCCGGCAUUCAUCAGGUGCCGCUCGUAAGCAUGGUUUCGAAGUUCCGUGGCGCGCCAGCGUACAGCUGCAGAGCAUCCCACCGGGUUGUUUCGUGGAGUCUGUCCAGUUAUCCUUCAUCAAUCCGGCCUCCAACGGCAGUCCCACCAUCAAAAUGGACCAGUCAGCCGAAGGUGCCAGUAAUUUAUAUCUGAUCAACGACACACUGAUGAACAUCCGCGGCCACACUUACUCCGAGUGCUGUCAAGAGCUGGGCAUCUUUCGGCGGGGAUACUGCUACAUCACGUUGCGCGUGCCGCUGCGACUGCUCAUCCGCGAACAACUCAAACAGUUACGAAUCGCUUUGCCGCAUAGUGAAGUGGGUGCGGCCCUGGAUGAUUUUGCCGCACUGAACGGCAACGACAAUGUCGCCUUGAAGUUCGGGCGUUCCAACAUGAAAGUGGAUCGUCAGUUCCUGGUAAGCAUUACCCCCGAGACCCGCAUGAUAUUUGGUCCGAAGAUGGCGGGGCAUGUGAGCACGUACGAGAUGGAUGUCAGUAAGGAAGCGGUGGUGGCUCUGUUGAACGUGGUAAAGGCGGCGACCGAUUAUCUGCCGUUGGAUUUUGACCGAACCACACCGUUGUUUCUGUAUGAAUUGAUGGCAUUGGCCAGCGACUGGAACAUCCCGUCAAGGAAACUGCGAACGCAGCUAGCGCUCCUGGAGCGUUUCUGUGAGCCGGGUUUCAAUUUGCACUCGAUCCCUGUUGACAAGCUGAUGCAGUUUAUCCGACGCGAUUACAUUGCGAAUGAAGCCCAGACUGGCGUGAAAAUGGUAUUACUGGGUUUCAUGUUUGCGCUGCGGGAUAUGCUGCUGCCAGCAACGAUGGUUGAGCAGUUUAAGAAGGAUUUUGAUCAGAUUUCUAUGGAUCCAACGCUGGACGAUGUGUUUGAGCCAGUUGGGUCGCUGGUCAGCGUGGUGACCGACGGCGUCGUUAAGGUGGAAUGCGAGUACACCACAGUUCCCGUUAUUCUUCAGGACGGUAAUCAGCUUGAAUUGAGAGUCCUGGAAUCGGCUAACAUUGAGCAAGUUAAAGCCGUACUUGGACGUCGCCUUGAGGUCCCCAUUCACCAACAGAUAAUUGUAUUUGAUGGUCGGCGUUUGGCAAGCGACACACUGGUUUCGGAUAUUGACUUCAAGGAUGGGGACAUGCUGGAGAUGUACUUCGCGCAGACUGGUUGUUAGGAACUUAGGAAACACGUUCGCAUGAACAUUCCCUCAGGUUACUUUACCUGUUUACCAUGAUUGUGUUAAAGGUGUUGGUUUUCAAAUUAUUAUGUUAAUUCUGUCGGCAGGUGGUUUUAUAAAUGAACAAUUAAUAAUGUCUUGCGUGAAUAUAUUCGAAAAUGCUGGCACCGUAUAAUUAAAUAAGUGAC